CGAUAGCGUUCCUUAAACUCGUUUGCUAGCCGUGGACGCUGACACUGAAGCGAAGAAGAGUUAGAUGACCAACAAUGGCGACCGAGUUUCGGAUGGAGCUGCUCCCUUCCGACCCGCUGCUGCACAUAUUGUCCUUCCUUGACUUUGGAGAUUUGAUCCAAGUGAGUUCCACUAACAGGAGGCUGAAUGAGUUGUCCAAACACAAUCCGCUGUGGCGGUCGCUGUGCUUCAAACACUGGCUGACCACAGAAUUGGUGUGUAUUUGCAGUAGUUUAUUGUUUAAACUUGCAUCGAUGUUGAGUGAUGAGCGGCUGCAGAGCGGGCGGUCCUGGUACAACGUCUUCAGGGAGUACUACGCUGACCUGGGACGCUACAUCCACUACUACCCACUGUUGAAGAGAGCAUGGGAACAGCUGACGAGCUUCCUGCGGCAGAGAUGUCCACGCAUGAUCGUGUCGCUUAAAGAAGGUGCCACGGAGGCAGAGUUGAGCAACAUCGAGGCUCAGAUCGGCUGUCGCCUUCCGGACGACUAUCGGUGCUCGUACCGCAUACACAACGGCCAGAUGCUGGUGAUACCAGGGUUGAUGGGGAGCAUGUCGCUUUCCAACCACUACCGCUCAGAGGUUCUGCUGGAUGUGGAGACAGCGGCGGGAGGUUUCCAGCACAGGAAGGGGAUGAGAUACUGCCUCCCGCUCACCUUCUGCUUCCACACGGGCCUCAGCCAGUACAUGGCCCUGGAGCACACGGAAGGGCGCCGCAUGUUCGAGAGCUUCUACCCCUGCCCCGAUCAGACGGCGCAGGAUCCCGCAGCCGUCGACAUGUUCAUCACAGGUUCCUCCUUUUUGGAGUGGUUCACCACCUACGUCAACAACGUGGUUACGGGAGAGUACCCCAUCAUCCGGGAACAGAUCUUCAGGUACGUGCACGACAAAAGCUGCGUGACGACGACAGGGGACAUCACCGUAUCCGUUUCGACUUCCUUCUUGCCCGAGCUUUCCUCCGUUCACCCGCCCCACUUUUUCUUCACUUACCGCAUCAGGAUCGAGAUGGCGAGCGGCGCGCCGCCCGAGGGGGCCUGCCAGCUCGACAGCCGCUACUGGAAAAUCACCACCUCUGACGGCAACGUGGAAGAGGUGCAAGGGCCCGGCGUGGUCGGAGAGUUCCCAGUCAUGACGCCAGGAAAAGUCCACGAGUAUGCCAGCUGCACGACCUUCUCCACGCCAUCAGAGUACAUGGAGGGACACUACACCUUCCACAGACUCGACAACAAAGAAGUGUUCAAUGUGGCGAUCCCCCGCUUCCAGAUGGUGUGCCCGCCGUUCAGAGAGCCCACGUUGCGGACGGAGUCGGGCGAUUACACGUCAAACUUCGACGGGAGCGACUGCGGCAACGGAGGUGAAGACGACUUCAACGGGCUGCGGGGAAUCAACAUGGCUGCCCUGGAGGGGGCGUGGUGCCCCCGACACAUUUGAUGUCGGCCCGCAGGCGUUGCCGCGCUUUCUUCACUUUUCGCUGGUGGUGGAUUCUUGGGAAAGCCACAGCUGUUGCCUUGCAGCUUAUCUCGUCUGCACAACUUCAAGGGCGCUUGGAUAGCUUUUGUAAGAUAUUGUCAGGAGGCGGCAAUUAGGAAUCGUCACGCUCAGCCAAGAGGAAGCCCCUCAUUUUUAUUUUGUCCCUUUGGAACUCUUUGGCUGCCAGCGGCCAAAACUGAAUCCUCACACGCUGGUACAGUGUACAUGCCAGUCUUUUCUUUCUUUUUUUGGGCAGGUGGGAGGGGGUAAUAUCCAUCAGUGCUUUCGUUUAUUGCAGAUCGGAGCUAUUGUAAACAGUGGUUUAGUUUAAAGUCGAAAGAACAAAUGUUGCACUCGAUCACUUCCUGCGGUGGCCAAAAAAUCACCUCUUCCGCCACUUUCCAGAACGAGAAGCUCGUUGAGGUCAUUGUAGGUUUUAUUUCAGUUCCUGUAGUAAAGUGAUGCAUUACUUUGAUGUGAACGGUGGCUUUGGUUUUGUUUAUUUGUGAUGACGCAAUAAAUACUCAUCGCUCCUUUUUGUCAA